CAAACAGACCUGGCCCAGUACAUGACCCAGCACCCCGGAGGUCUGCACUCACAUAACGUCCGGAUCUUCAUGUUCCAGCUGCUGCGAGGUCUCUGCUACAUCCACAGCCGGAGGAUCCUCCACCGAGACCUGAAGCCUCAGAACCUGCUCAUCAGCUCUGGAGAACUCAAACUGGCCGACUUUGGUCUGGCUCGGUCCAAGUCCAUCCCCAGUCAGACCUUCUCCUCUGAGGUGGUGACCCUGUGGUACCGCCCCCCCGACGUGCUGCUGGGAUCCACAGAUUACUCCACCGCCCUGGACAUGUGGGGGGCCGGCUGUAUCUUCAUCGAGAUGCUGCAGGGGGCGCCGGCAUUCCCCGGAGUCACUGAUGUGUUUGAACAGCUGCAGAAGAUCUGGACGGUUUUGGGCGUCCCCUCUGAGGACAACUGGCCUGGAGUCAGUUGCCUGCCCAAUUAUAAACCAGAGUGGUUUCAUCAGUCUGAGCCAAAACAGUUCAGGGCCGUUUGGAAGAGGCUGAACCAGUUGCCCUAUAAGACUGAGGACCUGGUCCAGAGGAUGCUGAAGGGGUUCCCUGCAGACCGGAUCUCAGCUCAGGACUCUCUGCAGCACCCGUACUUCAGCACACUGCCCCCUCCCAUCAUGCACCUCAGAGACACCGUGUCCGUCUUCAAGGUUCCAGGUGUUCAUCUAGAGACGGAGGUCAGAGACAUCUUCAACCCCGGGCGGAGGGUCAGACCCUCCCUGCUGCCCGCCGCCAAGUGCUGGUGAUCCAACCCUCCAAUCAGCCCGCCAUCAGCCUGAGAAGACGAGCAGAGGGGUGAACAAACCUCAUGAAUUAAACUGAGACUGGAGUGAUGAAGAUUCAGUUAAAAGCAGAUCUUAAGGCUCAAUGUGUUGUGAAGAGACGUUCAUGAAAGUCGGGAAAAGUCAGCAUCUUAGCAUCAAACUGUGGGAAAUAACACCAGAAGUCAAACUCGCCUUCAAAAUAAAAGCAGGGACCAGAAUCUGAAGGGACAAACUUUAAAAUAUGACUCAGAGUCAUAUUUUAAAUGGAGUCUGAGGCUACGUGCUGAUGGUGUCAUGUAAAUGUAAUUUAAUCAGAUUUAUUGCUGAUUUAAAUAUAAAAUGUUCCCUUCAGUCUGAACAGUUUACUCUCCCCUGCCUCUGCUUCCUGUUAGCAUUCGUUAGCAUGUGUUAGCAUCAGAUUAAUGAGGAUUUAUUAAUGUGUUUUUCUCUGAGGAAAUCCCCUGAAACGCUUCAUGAAUAAUGACUGAAUCUGAAUCUAACACACUCCAUCAUGUUGUCGUGUGUGUUUUGGACUUUUGUUUUAUUAAAAUGUUAUUUUCAGGCCCUGUGUGAAGAUGAAAUGAGUGAUUCAAGUCGUUACUGUAACAGAUAUUUUCCUCUAGUUGAGUUUUUUUUCAGUGUUUUCUACACAGAUGAACCUGAGUGAAGCUCCUUAGAUAAACUGUUGUUUCACAGUGAGAUAGAAAAAUGUAAUGUCUCAUUAAAUUCCAACACCUGGUGAAUAAGAGCAGCAGAAAGUAAAGUAGAGGUCAGGUGAUCUCUCUGUUAAAUCUGAUGAUGAAACACACUGAAAACAUCUGUCUCUGCUGCUGAUUGAAUUUCUCUAAAUAUUUACACCUCAGAAAUGAUGCUGGGUUAUUGAAUAAAGGGAGAAGACAGGAGCUGUAAAUAUUUCAUCAACACUACCAACAUUUAAAGUAUUAGACAAUCACACACUCAGGAUGGAUUAUUUAAAUGUAUUUUCCUCUGUGACAGAACGGUGCUUCAGAAAUAAAC